AUGAAUAAGUUUUUGAAAAGUGUUAAAAGUUCUGUCACUAACAACAAAGAUGAUCUAAUUAAAAAAUCCAUAACCAAAACUCUCUCAGACAGUGUCAAAGAGAUACAGUAUUUUGAAGUUGAAAAUAAAGUACAAAACAAUGUGGACCUGAAUGAAGCUGCCAAUACACUAUGCACCACCUUGGAGGCUAUGUUUCUGCAUGGAUUGAAGGAUUCACUGGCCUACAGAUUCACCAGGGCUAUUGCAGAUGUUGAUGAAAGACCUGAACCAAGCUUUUGGGGACCACUCCUACUUGUUUCGCAUCGACAAAUCAUUGAUCAGAUAACUAAUUUGUCCCAAAUCACAACGGAAGCGGGACAAUGCAGGGCAUGGAUUCGCCUGGCUCUCAACGACUGCCUGCUCUCUUCCUACUUAGUGACCUUGCGUCGUCAGGGCAGCUCCCUGAAAAGCUUCUACAAGACCGGAGCGUUCAUACGAGACGGAGAAUUGUUGGACGUAACCCAAAGACUAAUCGAAGGCGUGGAAGCCUUCCACACCUUCACCUUGGCCUGCAAUUCCAGCCUACUGAACACCUGGCCGUUGCAGAGCUUAUAUCUGGCAGGCAUUUGGGCCCCUACACUCAAAGCUUGUCCGGUGGCGCCUUGCGAUGACGUAGCACAGGGCAUCCAAGAACAGGAGACGACCAAGCCUCAGCCCAUUCCCGACUUGAAUGCCGAAGCUGUGUCGGUCGCGUCCAGCUUCUCGUUCAGCUCGCAGGCGAGUGGACUGAGACAGAUCGUGUCUUUGAGCGAGGACGAGGUGCUGAAGAUCAUCUUGAACAAGGAUAAAACGACGUCGGCCAGUGGUAGCUCUCAAUCUGGAAGCGAAAGCAGAGGCGUAGAGGCUGAGAAUGUUAAGUUCAACGUGGGGAACUCGUUGAAGCAAAGGACUGGCUGGUCGUUUGAUGGCACCCAAGAGGAGACGGGUGAUGAAACGACCAGUCCGGUGGUUGAAAUAACGGAGGAACCGGCUAAGGAGGUAAACGAACCUAAAUCGACGGAAGCCAGCUUUAACGCACUGAUAGAGAGCUACAACAUGCUGAGUGGCGGGUUCAUUCGCACGCCGGACAUCAGGGAGGUUUGGCAGAGGAUCGACGAGGAUAGGCGUGGUGACGUCCCAACUGAGACCAUUGAGAUAAGACAAGAAUCACCCAUCCAUCCGCUGAUAAAUAAAUCUGAGUCCACGGCUUUGGCGGUGCAGCUAGGCAAAAUUGGAAGGGAGAAAGGUUUGGAUCGUCAAAAAUUUGAAUGUGCUGGAUGUCAACAGCCAUUGGGAGUCGCCGUAAAGGCGAAUGUAUGCGGUUUCACUGGUGACUAUUUCUGUGAUGGUUGCAUGAGUUAUGAACAAAUAACUAUUCCUGCCCGAAUAAUUCACAACUGGGACUUCAAAACUUACAAAGUUUCACAAAAAGCUUACAAUUACAUCGAAGAAAUCAAAGACCAUCCCACUAUUGAUUUUAAGAUUCUUAACCCGUUUAUUUAUGGAGUUGUUGAGGAAAUGGCCCAACUACAAAUUUUAAGGAACCAAUUGAAUUUCCUCAGAGCUUAUUUGUACACGUGCAGGGAGCCAAUCAUAAAGUCUCUACAGAAGAAGAUGUGGCCCCGAGAAUACAUGUACGAACACAUCCACCAAUAUUCAGUUUCUGAUUUGGCACAAAUUAAAAGUGGGGAGUUGGCCGCCUUACUGCAAAAGGUUGUGGAGUUUGGAAGAGAACAUGUUUCCAGUUGUUGGUUGUGCAGUCAAAAAGGUUUCGUCUGUGAAGUAUGCAAUAAGCCAAAACCUCUGUUUCCUUUUGAUGUUGAACAUAUUUAUAGAUGUGAGGCUUGUAAUGCUGUGUAUCACAAAGGUUGCCUUAAUUCGUCGAAACCAUGUAGAAAAUGUGAGAGAAUAAAAAAAAGGGAAGACCUACCUUUACUUGGUGCUAUUACCCUUGAUUAGAUCAUUGUUUGUUCUAUUAAAAAUGUAAUAUUUUUAUUUUCUUGGAAUAAAAGUUUUUUUAUUAUUACUAA